AUGGAUUCAAUUGAUCAGUUUCUAGAGACCGUCAGUAAAGGCGCCUACCCCAGGGAGUCGGAGGUGAUGAAGUUAUGCCAGACUGCUCACAACAUUCUUGAUGCAGAGGCCAAUACUCACGUGAUACGCGCACCAUGCACCAUUGUUGGUGAUAUCCAUGCUCAGUUUUUUGACCUUAUCGAGAUGUUUCGUGUAGGCGGAGAGGUCCCUGAUGUGAACUACGUGUUCAUGGGCGACUACGUUGACCGUGGACACCACGGCGUGGAGACAUUCCUUCUUCUGGUCGCCCUCAAGGUCAAGUAUCCCACUCGCGUAGUGCUUCUUCGCGGUAACCACGAGUCGCGCCAGAUUACGCAGGUAUACGGCUUCUAUGAUGAGUGUCUCCGAAAGUACGGCAGCGUUAAUGUGUGGCGCUACUGCACGGAGGUGUUUGAUCUUUUGCCCCUUGUGUGUGUUGUGGAAGAAAAGAUAUUGUGCGUCCACGCGGGUCUCUCGCCCAUGAUCUCCACAAUGAGCCAGAUGGAUGCUAUUGAGCGCCGCUGCGAGGUGCCCCACGAGGGUGCCAUGUGCGAUUUGUUGUGGUCUGACCCGGAAGAUAUUGAGGCGUGGGGCCUGUCCCCGCGUGGCGCCGGUUACCUUUACGGUGAAGAAGUGGUGCGCACCUUCCUCGAAACAAACAGGCUGGAGCUCUUGUGCCGCUCGCACCAGCUUGUCAUGGAGGGUUACAAAGUAAUGUUCAACGACACGCUUGUGACGGUAUGGUCUGCUCCGAAUUAUUGUUACCGCUGCAUGAAUGUGGCAUCAAUAUUGGAGCUGGACGAGCAUCUCAACAAGAACUUUAAACUUUUUGAAGCGGCCCCGGACGAUGCACGCGAGCCAUCGAAGCCCUCCCUGCCGGAAUACUUUUUGUAG